AUGAGUGAAUUCAUAGGAGACAACUCUCACACAGGUAGUAGCGAUGAGAGUGGCACAUAUGACGAAUGGAUUCCAUCAUUUUGUUCUCGAUUUGGACAUGAGUACUUUUGCCAAGUGCCUACUGAGUUUAUCGAGGAUGAUUUCAACAUGACCGGAUUGGCGCAAGAAGUACCUCACUAUCGGAAAGCACUUGAUCUCGUAUUAGAUCUAGAAGCUAUGAGCGAUGAAGAAGACCCAGAUAAUGAUCAACCUGUCAGCAGAAGUAUCAUUGAGCAUGCCGCAGAACAACUUUAUGGCUUAGUUCAUGCCCGUUACAUUCUCACCAAGCCAGGCCUUCAGGCUAUGGCAGAGAAGUUUGACCACAAAGAAUUUGGCACCUGUCCACGUUAUUACUGUGCUGGAAUGCAGAUGCUACCUUGUGGGCUCCACGACUCUUUGGGUAAAAACACAGUGCGCCUAUACUGCCCUAGUUGCCAGGAUCUUUACAUUCCUCAAUCUUCUCGCCACCUAUGCCUAGAAGGAGCAUUCUGGGGCACUUCAUUUCCAGGUGUUUUCCUAAAGCAUUUCAAGGAACUCGAAGAUUACGUAGAUCGCAAGGCCAAAGAAACUUACGAUCUUCGUGUGUUUGGAUUCCGGAUCAACGAUGAAGCACCCUCGGGCUCACGCAUGCGUUGGCUAAGACAGUAUCCUGCAACAGAAGAUGAGCAACGCGAAUACGAGCAAUGUGAGUUCCGCAUCCCUAGCCUAUAG